CAGCUUCAUAACUUCCUGGGACCAGUGUGUGUACAAACAGCAAACAAACAGCACACCGAAACCCUUUAACCAGCCAUGGAGUUCUCUGAAAUGUAUGACAUUCCUUUUAAUUUAACCCACCUUGGCGACGAUUACAUGCUGCCUGAGUUUCCUGACACUUUGGCACCUGAAAUUAAACCGAUCCAGAUCUUGGCUCUGGUCUUCUACGGCCUUGUGGUCCUGCUGGGUGUCCCCGGGAAUGCUCUGGUGGUGUGGGUGACGGGGUUCUGCAUGCCCCGCUCCGUCACCUCCCUCUGGUUCCUCAACCUCGCACUGGCUGAUCUUCUGUGCUGCCUCUCCAUCCCUCUGCUCAUGGUCCCUCUUGCCCAUGAUAACCACUGGCACUUUGGCUCGGUGGCCUGCACAUUAGUCAAAGGCAUGUUUUACCUGGUGAUGCACUGCAGUGUCCUGCAGCUGGUUCUGAUCAGUGUGGAUCGCUGGAUGCUGGUCAGCAGACCCGUCUGGUGUCAGAACAAAAGGCGACCUAAAGUGGCUGCCUGGGGGUGUGUGGCUGUCUGGUGCCUGGCCCUGAUAGGCACAAUCCCCCAGUUUAUCUACACCAAGGAGAUCAGCGCAGGUGUAGACAAGCGAGAGUGCCUGACAGUGAACACUCCGCUCACCGCCUGGAUCGUCACAUUAUACCGCUUCCUGGUGGGAUUCCUCCUCCCUUUCGUGGUGAUUGUAGCCUGUCACCUGGUGGUGUACAGCAGAGCAGAGAGCGGAGCGACACGGUGUCGGGCCCGCUCCAGGCGCACGCUGAGGGUCAUCAUUGCUGUGGUGCUGAGCUUCUUCCUGUGCUGGCUCCCACUACACAUCGUGGACUUCAUCGUGUUGACGACCUCUCCCAGUCCAAAACGUUACAUUGCAAAUGUCUUAGCACUGAUUCUGGCAUAUUUAAACAGUUGCCUCAACCCGCUGCUCUAUGUGUGUCUGGGCCGCGGAUUCAAAGACAACAUGAACCGCUCCCUGCGCAACAUGCUCCACUUCAUCACCGAGGACCCCACGACCAGAGUGAGCAUCACGAACAACGACACCAAGAGCACGAGCAAUGAGAAAGAUACAACGACAAUAUGAUGUUGUUUUAUUUGAGAUACUGUGGAGUAUGUUAUUUUUUUUAUAAAAGUGUUGUCUAUCCUUAACUAUGGUGUGGUAUAACAAGAGUUAUUCUGAGAGGUAUUUUUGCUGAUGCAGUUGAAUGACUUGUAUAGAUGUCAUGACUAUUUGGAAAUCUUCACACUUCUGUAUUUCCUUCCUGUAAUAGAAAUGUAGAAAUAGUCUGAUCUCCAUUUUACUUCUUGUGUUUGUUUUUGUUUUAAUGCAUUAUUUUAUAUUAUAAAUAAUUGAUCAUUAGACAACACAAGAGAUUGUGGGACUGUGUCUUUACCUAUUGUAUACACAGUCCUCUUGUGUAACAGUACUACGCAAAGACCAUAAGAGGGAGCUGCACUCUAAAGGUACACACAUGCAGCUCCUGGACUGAGACUCAUUGUUUAAGUGUCAGACUUAAGUGAUGUUUGUAGGUUUGUCAGAUAAAUUCAGUUCAGACAAAAGCUCCAUUCAGCAUGUCUACAGAAGUCUAUGAAAUGUACAUUUCUUUAUUAUUAUUUUUUUUACUAAUGUUUUGCUAAUUUAUGAUGUUUAAGAUCUUGUUGUACCAGGAAAAGAAUAAAAAAACAAUACAAAUGUGUCAAAAUCAA